UUCAAAAUAUCUUUGGAUGAUGGAAACGGUGUCGUUUUCCAGAAAAGCAUCUUCUUCUUCAACGUGCGAACAAAACAAAAAGCUCACUUUGCCAAAAUCCCAGAGAGAAAGCUUGGAUCUUUCGCGGCCCAGAAUCUCCUGGAAGAGAAUCAGAAUCGUAUAUGCAUUUUUGGAGUCAUGAAGGUCGGAGGAGGAGUUGGCUAUUACUAGAAUCUGUUAUCCACCACCCCUGAAGAUACUAGAAAAAUGUGGAAUCUAGCCUCGAGUUACCUCACCGGACCUAGAAACGAACCAAGAAGGCCACCACAAAUCCAUCCUCAUGUAGACUGCUGUUCUGACGACGACGAUGCUUCAUCUCUAGGCAGCAAAGAAGAAGGUCUCGAGUGUCCCAUCUGCUGGGAAUCAUUCAACAUCGUCGAAAACGUUCCUUACGUCCUUUGGUGCGGCCACACCAUGUGCAAAAACUGCAUCCUCGGACUUCAGUGGGCUAUCGUCAAACUACCUACUCACCCUGUUCAGCUCCCUCUCUUCAUCUCCUGCCCCUGGUGCAACCUCCUCUCCUUCCGUCUCGUCUUCAGAGGAGCUCUUAGGUUCCCUCGCAAGAACUACUUUGUGCUUUGGAUGGUCGAGAGGAUGAAUGGGGAGAGACGCAGUUCUCCAGGGACAGAUCAAACCGAUACGAGGGAGCAGCAGCAGCCUCCGUGUCUCCUCCACCAUCGCCGUGGCGCUCAACCUGAGCAGCCAUCAGGUGAUGGUAAUGAUGGUCAUCGAGUUCGAAGGGACAACAACAUACAAACUUCGCUGAGGAAGUCUCUGGUCUUCUUUGUUCAGUUGACAGCGAAGUUCCCGUUGGUUGUUAUAUUUCUGCUGAUUAUACUCUAUGCGAUACCGACCAGUGCAGCCAUAUUGGCAAUGUACAUUCUAGUCACUCUCUUGCUGGCGUUGCCGUCGUUUCUCAUCCUCUACUUUGCUUAUCCUUGUCUCGACUGGCUCGUCAGGGAGAUUGUCACUUGAAAGUGGUGUUUCUCUAUUUAUUCGACGACUCUUCUUCCUCUAUGUAAGUAUGAUGAUUUGGUAAUUACCAGUCUUCCUUAUCUAUAUAUGUAGAUGUAGUUUCUUUUGGUUUGCAUUGUUGCUCUAUGGGAGUUUGGAGAAAGGACAUGUCCAUGUGUUGUAAGGGCUGUUCUUUGUAGGAGUUCAAUAGUAUUUGUAAUAUUUUGAGGAUCUGCCUUCUGAUUGCUUGAGGUUUGUCUCAAUAAGAUUUGAUGUCUAUAAAAUGCUCUAGUCA